AUGGCGAAGCAGGUCAAUGUGAUGCUGUACGGCUUGGGCGCUAUCGGAUCAUUCUACGCAUUCAUCUUGAACCAGAGCAAACGGGUGCGCCUUACGGUCGUAGCUCGCUCCAACUACGAGGCGGUCAAGAACAAUGGACUUCAUAUCAGCAGCAUGAAUCAUGGCAAUCACCUCUUCCGACCAGCAAAGGUGUUGAGAACCCCUGCCGAGGCCGGGGAGACAUUUGACUAUGUGGUCUGCGUCCAUAAAGCCAUCGACCAGUCGUCGGUGCCCAAGCAAUUGGAGCCUGCCAUUGACGAAAAGAAGACGUGCAUUGUCAUCGUCCAGAAUGGGGUGGGAAAUGAAGACCCGUUCCGUGAAGCCUUCCCGUCGUCUCCAAUCCUGAGCUGUGUGACCUGGGUGGGCGCAAAGCAGGACCAGCCUGGCUUUGUGACACACAUGGCGACCGAAAACACCAAGAUUGGGAUCUUCCCUAGCGACAAACUCGAAGCCGCGACAGAACAGAGCCGGCUCCAAGAAUUUGCCUCGUUGCUCCGAGACGGCGGGACCCCGUUCGAUAUCGAAGACAACAUACAGGUCCAACGGUGGGAGAAGGUCGUUUGGAAUUGCGCCUGGAACUCCCUGACCACGCUCACCAUGCUCGACACACACUCUUGGCUCGCCUCGUCGGCUGAUUCGACGCCCAUGACACGGACGCUGAUGCGAGAGGUCAUCGACGUGGCCAGGAAAUGCGGAGUGCCGCUUCAGUACGACCUGGUCGACACGCUGAUUGACAGAAUCCUGGCCAUGCCGCCCAUUGGGAGCAGCAUGCAGACAGACUGCAAGAUGGGCAGACCAAUGGAGAUUGACGUGAUUCUCGGAACCCCCGUGCGCAAGGCCAAAGAGCUAGGAGUGCCCGUUCCCACCCUGGAAGUGCUGUACACUCUGCUCCAGGCCAUUGACGGCCGCCUGAAAGCGAAUGCUGCGGCAUGA